UCCCGGGAUGGCCCGCCCAGUGAUCCCGCCCCCGCCCCGUGAGCGCGGUCCCGCCCCGUGUCCCCGUCCGCAGCGCCCGCAGCCGCAGCCGGAGCCGGAGCGGGCGGAUGGCGUUCGGUAAAAACCUCAAGGACCCGUUCGGCACCCGGGUCGGGAAACUUAUCGAUAUCGCCACCAUAGGAACACAGCCUGCAGCGGACUGGUCCCAGUUCAACCACAUCUGUGACAUCAUCAACAGCAGCGAGGAGGGGCCCAAGGAUGCGGUGAAAGCUCUGAAGAAGCGGAUCGCUGGAAAUCGCAACUACAAGGAGAUCCGGCUGUCCCUGUCCCUGAUCGACUGCUGCAUGAGGAACUGUGGCCCCAGCUUCCGCUCGCUGAUGGUCAGGAGGGAUUUCGUCAAGGACGUGUUGGCCAAGCUGCUGAAACCCAAGUACAACCCACCCACGGACGUCCAGAACCACAUCCUCGGCCUCAUACAGUCAUGGGCGAUCACCUACCAGGGACCGAUUGACGUCAGCGACGUACGGGAACUCUACAUGGAUAUGAAACGGAAAGGGUUAAUAUUCCCAGAUCCAGCCCUGGGGCCCCCUGGAAUCAGAGCAGACCCAGUUGGGACCUCAUUGCCUCGACGCCCGCCAACCGCCGCCACCAUGAAGCCAGCAGCCUCCCGCGCUCCCCUUCCCAGGAACGCCAUCACUCUGGUGCCGGAGCAGUUGGCCAAGUUACACAGUGAGCUGGACCUAGUGCACAUGAACAUCACUGUCAUGUCAGCCAUCUUGCUGGAGAACAUUCCGGGCUUCGAAAAUCCGGAUGACAUGCUGCUGUUACAGCAGCUCCACAGCACGUGCCGAGAGAUGCAGGAACGGAUCGGCCUGCUCCUGCCACAGGUCGACGACCAGCCCCUGACCAGCUGCCUGCUGUCCGCCAACGACCAGCUCAACCGCGCCUUCCUCUCCUACGAGAGGUUCCAGCGCAGCAGAACCAGGUCCCAGUGGGCAGAGAAGGAGGCUACAGACACGCCCAAGGUCGUGCCCGUAGAUCCUUCUGCUCCCUGCUCCACGCCCGACCUGAUCAACUUCACGUGUCCUGACCUAGGUCCAGUGUGCACAGACCAGUUCUCUAACCUGAGUCUCAGAAAUGGAAAUGCUGCCGUGGGUGUGUGUGUGGCCAACCCCAGCCUGAGGAGCAGGGCUCUGCCUGAUGUACCCUCACCCAACACCGCCCCAACUCACCAGCCGGAGUCCGGCCUGCCUCCCCCCAGCACUGCCCCUGAACCUCUGUACGCCAACGUGAGCCAGCAAGGCUCCGAGCCGCCGACGGCUCCCGUCUACAGUCAGCUGUCUGGUCCCCCCCACGCCGACCGCUCCUGGGGACACACAGCCACAAGCCAAUCAGAGCCUUCGAAGAUUGCUGGGCCUCAGCUGAUUGGCCUGGAGUUUGACCCUCUGGCCAAUACGAAUGACAACCCGAAUUCCGAGGCGAUUUAUGAAGAUUUGGACUCUGUUUUAAACAAAGGCCGGACUUGGCGCGACAAUUAGUGAGGGUCGUACCUCCUGCAGGUAUCGGAGAUGGUGCAGGGGUCGGAACCAAAGGCCUGCUGACAAAGCAGGGGCAGACCACAUUGAUGACCUGGGCAGGAUGCUGAUGGAGAGCUAGUGACUGAUGCGGUGAAGCCUGGUGUUCACUGACCCUCUGUUGAUCCGCUUGGCCUCGGAGUGACCCCCCACCAUCGUCCAUCCUCAACGGCAGCAGCAGGGAGCUCAGCAGACUUCUGUCCGUGGCAGAGUCACCAGUCACUCUGACGACUUCCCAAUCACGCAGCAUGUCCCACUGCUGCCUCAUCUUGAUAUUCACUGCUAGGACCAUGUCCAUCUCAGUACACCACUUUGUAAAGUAAAAUAGUCGUAGAUCUAAGGCCUAUCAUCUUUCACUUCUGGUUUACAGAUUUAGAAUUAACAUUCCAAAUAAAAAUACUUCCAAAUUCCAACAUAGGGAACCUAGUCUUUUAGGAAAAGAGUUCAGUAGAGUGUGGGAGAGGUGAAAGUGAGAGAGAAAGGGAAGUCAUGGUUUGUAAUAGAUCAGAGACUAUGUCCACUUAUAUCUUCUGAACAUUGUAUUCCUGAGGAAUGAGAUUCAAUCGUCACAAGUUUGGGUGGAUCUGUGAUUUCCCCACCUCUGCCCUCAAAAUCCUCAGCUAAAAGCAGUAGUUCUCACGGGGACAGUCCCAAACACACUGACCCUCACUGGGGGACGGUCCCAACUCACUGACCCUCACUGGGGGACGAUCCCACACACACACUGACCCUCACUGGGGGACGAUCCCACACACACACUGACCCUCACUAGGGGACGGUCCCACACACACACUGACCCUCACCGGGGAUGGUCCCACACACACUGACCCUUACCGGGGGACGGGUCCCACACACACACUGACCCUCACUGGGGGACGAUCCCACACACACUGACCUUCACUGGGGGACAGGUCCCACACACACUGACCCUCACCGGGGAUGGUCCCAUACACACUGACCCUCACUGGGGGACAGGUCCCAUACACACUGACCCUCACUGGGGGACAGGUCCCACACUCACUGACCCUCACUAGGGGACGGGUCCCACACACACACUGACCCUCACUAGGGGACGGGUCCCACACACACACUGACCCUCACUGGCGGACGGUCCCACACACACACUGACCCUCGCUGGGGGACGAUCCCACAAAUGGUGACUUCUUCCAAGUAGCAUAUGUGAAUAAACACAGCAGUGCAUUGCCAUAGUGCCUUCCAGUCUCAGGAUGACCCAGCUGGAUACUUUUGAAGUGAGGUUGUUGAUGUAAUACAUGGAACUGUUGCAAGAAUUUGACAUCUGAAGGUAUUGGACAUGUAAACUUUAAAACAAGGAUUUUUAAAACCA